CAUAAAGUAUGGAGGUGGAGGAGCAGUAAAGCUUGUGAGAGGGCUCUGCAAUAUAAAGUAGGAGAAAAAAUCCAUGGAUUCACUAUAAACCAGGUACUGGUACAUUUUGAUGUGCUGUUUAUAUGUUGACGUCAUAACAGAUGCAACUUCUGCUGGCAUGUGAGUUCUUUCAGAGCAGAGAUCAAUUUUUUCAUCUUUGUGUCCCGAGAACCAGGCAUACUUCUGCUACAUUGCCGGUGCUCAACUGAAUAGAGUUUGCAGAUUAAAUGAUUUCCUGAUUCUUAAGUUUAAGUAUGGGCUCUGGUGGUACAAUUGUUAAGUAUUUGGCUGCUAACCAAAAGGUUGGCAGUUUGAAUCCACCGGCCACUCCUUGGAAACCUUUUGGGGCAGUUCUACUCUGUCUGGUAGGGUUGCUAUGAGUCGGAAUCGACUUGAUGGCAACGAGUACAGGUAAGUAAGUACAGAUCCCCAGUCCUGUACCUGAACCUCUUGGUGCCUGACAUCUUUUGGUAAUCAGAAUUUUUCAGAUUUUAGGAAAUAAUGUUCCCAGAGGGUCUGGGAUCAGCCCUUCAUAAUUAAACACAUUGAUAUUUCCGUAGCCAGACAUACAACUGUUCACACAGAGUGUGAUAAAUAAAAACUCUAAAUGCCUCACGUCAGUUCUGGUUAGGUUUUGCUACCAAAAAAGUUUGUUGCAAAUUUAUGCUCUGAGCCAUUGUGUUUCUGAAUUACAGAUAAGGGAUUGUGGACCUGUAUUCAUUCAGAUUUAUAUUAUGAUAGAUUUUAUUGGUUCUUGUUUUUGUUUACUUGUUUUGUGUUUUUGUUGUUUUUUGCAUAAACUAUCAUAUUACUUUUUUAAUUUAAACUAAUAAUUGAAAAAUAAGUACUUCAGAUAUUUGACUGACUGUUGACUUUAUGCUAUGCUUGAUGCCAUAAGAAAUAUAAAGACAAACAGCCUACAAUCGGGAAAGACACAUAUGCAUUAUAAUACAAGGGACAGUGACUAAUGUCAGAGCAGAAAUGCAAAGUGCAAGAGAAAACAGAAGAAGGAGAGUGUAUUGCUUCUGGGUAGUGAAAUAGGGAAAAGUUCAUGGAGAAAGUGGCAUUUAAGUUAAGAAGAGAUGGCAAGAUUAUUGGUGAGUGCUCUAGCAAAGUGCACAUCGUGAGUAAGCGGUGAUGUGGGGAGUUCAAGGCAAGGUCCAGGGAAUGUGAGUCAUUUGGUUUGACUGACUCAUGGGGUUCCUGAAAGUGAGGUCAGAGCAUUUAUAAAGUCUCUAAAGGCCAUGCAAGAAGUUUGGAUUUAUUAUACAACUUAGGGGUAGUACAGACCUUAUUCAGAGUGGAUUCUUUUCCUUUGUUUUUCAAGCUUUAUGAAGAUCUAUUUUAAUGAUAAACCCAUGAUUCUUGUUUGAGAAAUUUGUACUUGAAAGCUAUUAUUAGGGAAACACGUUAACGUAUCUAUUAUAAUUUUAAAUAAAUUCAUUUCUUACAAAACUCGGUAAACGUUGAUACAUAAAUAAGUAACCAUAAGUCAUGCAAGCUUUAUUACUUAGCAGACCACUUUAGCAUCUCAUUUGUGUGGCAGUAGUCCUAUAGUAGGCUCAGAAGAUCUGAGUUCUAAUUUCAGCUCUACCAGUAACUUGUUGUGUGAGUCUGAACAAGUUACUUUCACCACAUCUGAAAAAUGGAGAUAAGUUGUGUCGUUAUCAUAGUGAUAUGGUAUUGUGCCUGAAGGAAUGAUCGCCAGCUGACAUAGUUGGAAGUAAAAAUCUCUUUAAUACAAAAGAAUGUAGAGUCUUCAGUAGAGGUUUACAUAAAGUAAGAGAUGACCACACCCUGGGAAUGAGGAUUCAUUCAUUUUUAUUGGGAAUGUUUAUAUCCUCUGGCCCCUGUCACUGUUCUGGAGACUGCUGGAUGCAUGCUGAUCUUCCAGUAUAAACAAGUAACUGGUAUGACCCCAGCUCAGCACUGAGAACUUAGCAUAAACUAGAUGAAGCCAAGUUUUGCUCCUGGGAGCAUCCUUCAACUGCUCCAGGCUAAGGCUCAUUCUAGCAAUGACCUUUCUUACAGGGUCAUUCUGAACACUAAAUGAGAUGAAAUGUGUAAAAGCAAAAGACAACACAGCAGACAUCAAAAAGCGAGAACCAUUAUUAUUACCACAAGGCAGCAUAGUAUAAUGGAAAGAGCACAGAGAGACCAUGGUUUGAAUUCUGCCUCUGUGUGAUCUUAGGCAAAUUAUUCCAUCCCUCUAAGCCUCAGUUUUUCCAUCUCUCAGUGAGGACGAGAAUACCUGUCACACAGGGAAGUAUAUGAAGUGUUUUAUAAAUGUUGAGCAACUACUACUCAAAAAAAAAAAAAGUAAUAUUAUCAGCUUUAGGCCUUAAUUUCCUCAUCUGUAACAUAAGGAACUUGAACAAAUGGUUUCUGAUGUCCCUUCCAGCCCUGAAAUGCUGGGUUCCCGUAUUGUCUAAUUUAAGGCAAACAAACCAUCUCAGUUUAUUUAAAAUAACCAUAUUUUUCUUAAUUCAGGUGACACCUAUUCCUGAACUGUUCUUGACUGCAGUGAAGCUCAGUCAUGACAACACAGGUGCUAGAUACUUACACCUGGCUAGAGAAGACAAAAAUAAUUUGUUUAGUGUACAGUUUCGUACUACUCCAAUGGAUAGUACUGGUGUUCCACACAUUCUUGAGCAUACAGUUCUUUGUGGUUCUCAGAAAUAUCCAUGUAGAGAUCCUUUCUUCAAAAUGUUAAAUAGGUCAUUAUCAACUUUCAUGAAUGCUUUCACAGCUAGUGAUUAUACUCUCUAUCCAUUUUCUACACAAAAUCCCAAGGAUUUUCAGAAUCUCCUCUCGGUGUAUCUGGAUGCAGCCUUUUUUCCUUGCUUGCGGGAACUGGAUUUCUGGCAAGAAGGAUGGAGACUAGAACAUGAGGAUCCAGCUGACCCCCAAACACCCUUGAUCUUUAAAGGAAUUGUCUUUAAUGAAAUGAAGGGAGCAUUUACAGAUAAUGAGAGGAUAUUCUCACAGCAUCUUCAAAAUAGACUUCUUCCUGACCACACUUACUCAGUCAUCUCUGGUGGCGAUCCAUUAUGCAUCCCAGAUCUUACAUGGGAACAACUUAAACAAUUUCAUGCUACUCAUUAUCAUCCAAGUAAUGCUAGGUUCUUCACUUAUGGUAAUUUUCAGUUAGAAAAGCACCUGAAACAAAUUGAUGAAGAAACACUGAGUAAAUUUCAGAAAAUUGAACCAAGUACCAUAGUGCCUGCUCAGAAGCCUUGGGAUAAGCCUAGGGAAUACCAAAUAACGUGUGGCCCUGAUUCACUUGCUACAGAUUCCUCUAAACAGACAACUGUGAGUGUCAGCUUCCUCUUACCAGGAAUCACCAAUACAUUUGAAGCCUUCACAUUAAAUCUUUUGUCUUCACUCUUGAUUGGUGGACCUAAUUCUCCCUUUUACAAAGCCUUGAUUGAAUCUGGACUUGGCACAGGCUUUUCGCCUGAUGUUGGGUAUAAUGGCUACACAAGGGAGGCCUACUUCAGUGUAGGCCUACAAGGGAUUGCAGAGAAAGAUAUUCAGACAGUCAGAAACAUUAUUGACAGAACAAUUGAUGAAGUCAUUGAAAAAGGAUUUGAAGAUGAUCGAAUUGAAGCUUUACUUCAUAAAACUGAAAUACAAAUGAAGCAUCAGUCUACCAGCUUUGGACUUACACUGACAUCGUACAUAGCUUCUUGUUGGAAUCAUGAUGGAGACCCUGUGGAACUCUUGAAAUUAGGAAAUCAAAUGGCUCAAUUCAGGCAGCGCCUUAAGGAAAGUCCAGUAUUUUUGCAAGAAAAAAUAAAGCAGUAUUUCAAGAAUAAUCAGCAUAAGUUGACUUUAUCAAUGAAACCAGAUGACAAAUAUUACGAGAAACAGACACAAAUGGAAACAGAAAAACUACAGCAAAAGGUCAAUUCUCUUUCUCGAAAAGACAAGGAACGGAUAUAUGAAAAAGGUUUAGAAUUACGGACUCAGCAAAGUAAAACUCAAGAUGCCUCUUGUCUACCAGCUUUAAAAGUUUCGGAUAUCGAGCGUACCAUACCUUUUACUGAGUUGGAUGUAACAUUGGCAGCUGGAGAAAUCCCUGUUCAGUACUGUGCCCAGCCAACCAAUGGCAUGGUGUAUUUCAGAGCGUUUUCUAGUUUAAACACACUUCCUGAAGAGCUAAAGCUGUACGUGCCUCUCUUCUGCAGUGUCCUGACCAAGCUGGGCUGUGGCAUUCUUAACUAUCGAGAACAAGCUCAACAGAUUGAAUUGAAAACAGGAGGAAUGACUGUUUCUCCUCAUGUGCUCCCUGACGAUUCACAUCUAGAUACCUACGAGCAGGGUGUGCUUUUUUCAUCUCUCUGCCUGGAUCGAAAUCUACCAGACAUGAUGCAUUUGUGGAGUGAAAUAUUUAACAACCCAUGCUUUGAAGAAGAAGAACACUUCAAAGUAUUAGUUAAAAUGAGUGCUCAAGAGCUAUCAAAUGGAAUUCCCGAUUCUGGUCAUCUGUAUGCAGCCAUUAGAGCUAGCAGAACCCUCACACCUGCUGGAGACCUACAAGAAACCUUUAAUGGAAUGGAUCAGGUCAGGUUAAUGAAGAGAAUUGCAGAAAUGACAGACAUUAAACCAGUCCUGAGAAAGCUCCCACGUAUCAAGAAGCAUUUAUUAAACUGUGAUAAUAUGAGAUGUUCAGUGAAUGCAACUCCUCAGCAGAUGUCUGAGACAGAAAAAGUAGUAGAAAGGUUCAUUAAAAACCUUGGUCGAAGUAAAAAAGAACGAAAAACUGUCCGUCCACAUGUGAUUGAGAAACCUGCAUAUAAUGGAUCUAGUGGAAGUACAUAUGUUAAUGGCUCCCAAAUCAUAAGAAAGCUAAUCACAGACCCCACUUUCAAACCAUGUCAGAUGAAGACGCAUUUUCUGCUUCCGUUCCCAGUGAAUUAUGUUGGUGAAUGUGUGAGAACCGUUGCUUACACAGACCCAGAUCAUGCCAGCCUUAAGAUCCUUGCACGUUUGAUGACUGCUAAAUUCUUACAUACAGAAAUUCGAGAAAAAGGCGGUGCCUACGGGGGCGGUGCUAAACUCAGCCGUGAUGGAGUGUUCACUUUCUACUCCUACAGGGAUCCAAACUCAAUAGAAACUCUCCAUUCUUUUGGGAAAGCUGUUGACUGGGCUAAAUCUGGAAAAUUCACACAGCAAGACAUUGAUGAAGCAAAACUUUCAGUGUUCUCAGCUGUAGAUGCUCCUGUUGCUCCUUCAGACAAAGGUAUGGACCAUUUCUUGUAUGGACUCUCUGACGAGAUGAAGCAGGCACAUAGGGAACAGCUCUUUGCCGUUAGUCAUGACAAGCUUACUGAUGUGAGCAAUAAGUACCUUGGCAUUGGGAAGUGCACACAUGGGUUGGCUGUACUUGGACCAGAGAAUGCAAAAAUUGCUAAAGACCCAUCAUGGAUAAUAAGAUAACUAAGCCUGUGAGCUAAAUUUAAUUCUGACCUUUAAGUUGAAAGGUCAAAAAUGUUACAGGUCUCUUACAAAAUCUUGAUCACAUACUGUUCUUAAAAUUUUGCCAAAUGUAUUGACUGGCAAGUCAGACCUAAACUCUUUCAUCUUAAAGAAGGAGAAAACACAAAAAAGUAAUUUAAUUGAAAUAAUCAUGUGUUAAA